CACUAGAGCUCUUGCAAGGAAGAUGGUUGACGAAGCUAAUUUAGAGAAGGUCGCUUUAGAAAAUCGUGUUGAAAGUAUGGAAAAUACUUUGAAGGAAUUGAUGGCUUCCUUCCAAUCUUUUCAAGCAACCUUAGUCACAAGGGCACUUUUGACAACAAAUCCCUUGUUUGAAGGAAAUGUUUCAGUGGCAAAUCUCCCUAUCACCAUAUCUACUCUUGGAAAGGAGCCAAUGUCAUCUUGCCCGCCAAAUCCAACUAUUGGUGGAACUUUUGGGACAAAGCCAUUUGUUCUAAAUGCUGGUGUUACUACAGUUCAGUCUAAUGAUCAAGAAGGGACUCAAGUUGUCAAGUCAAUCACAGAGGAUGAAGACAAGGCAAUUAAAGCGAAGGAUGGAAUCAAGUCUAGAAUUAUCAUGGAUUAUCAAGCAAUGAAGAGUCUCCUUGAACAAUACCAAAAUGAUAGUUCAGGGGUUUCUAGUUCAAAGAAGGAGAAUGAGAAUAGCACUAUAAGUUCAGUUUAUGAGGCGCAUAAUCAGUCACGGGGGCAGUUCAACAAUCGGUUCCAAGCUCCAACUUAUCAAUCAACCUCUUUCACAAGUCAAUCAAGGCCCAUUUAUGCCUCUGGAACAAGUCGUCCACAACAAGAGAAAAAGAGACACUAUUUUGAUAAACUUCCAAUGUCAUAUACUGAAGUGUUUCGACAGUUAAUAGCAGCUAGGCUUGUUACCCCUGUACCUAUGGUGCCAUUAAAUCCACCAUUUCCAAUAUGGUAUAACCCACAAGCAAGAUGUGAAUACCAUAGUGGAGGUGUUGGGCAUGACCUUGAAAAUUGUCUUGCUUUAAAGCACCGUGUCCAAGAUCUAAUAGAUGCAAAGGAGUUACAAAUUACAUCAGAACCUGAGGUUGUUGGUCCAAAUGUCAUUAAAAACCCUUUACCCACACAUGAUGGUCCAACAGUUAAUAUGAUCGAGAAAGACUCCAAUAAAGGUCAUGAGGUUAUUACAUCAACAUAUAAUGAUGGUUUGAGCGCUUCUUUUGAGAAGUUGAGCAUAUGUGUCAUUGAUGAAGCAAAGGGUGAUGACAAGCUUAUUCUGCCCACUCAUGGUGAAGCUUUAGACAACAAGAUAGUGGAGAUUCUUCCUGUUCCUAUCAUUAAAUCGUAAGAUGUGUCAAUCUUCUUGUGGUUGAGCUUGUGACCAUGAGAAGAGAUGGUUAAAACAAGCCUUUUAUAUUUUAUGAAGCAUUGUAGGCAUGACAAAUAAUGUUCCAUUCAGUCCAUUUCAAUCAAUGAUGUUACUUUCA